ACAAUCAUAAACGACACAUAUACCAAUUCUUGAAAACGCAUUAGCAGAACCUUCUGUUUUAAAAUGAAGUUUUCUCAGUCUCUCAUCGCUAUUAUCACUUUGGCAUUGGUCAUUACAUUUGGGAAUGCUUAUGAUCCAAGUCCGCUCCAAGACUUCUGUGUAGCCGUAAAGAGCCUCAACAAUGGUGUUUUCGUGAAUGGUAAGUUCUGUAAGGAUCCAAAGCAAGCGAAGGCAGACGACUUCUUCUUUUCAGGCCUUAAUAAGGCUGGAAACACUAAUAAUGAUGUCAAAUCAAAUGUGACAACGGUCAAUGUCGAUCAGAUUCCAGGGCUAAACACAAUGGGAAUAUCCUUGGUUCGCAUAGACUAUGCACCAUAUGGCCAAAACCCACCUCACACGCACCCUCGUGCCACUGAGAUCCUUGUCCUUAUCGAGGGAACUUUAUAUGUCGGUUUUGUCUCAUCCAAUCAAGACAAUAACCGUUUAUUCGCCAAAAUAUUACAUCCUGGUGAUGUGUUCGUGUUCCCUAUAGGAAUGAUCCAUUUUCAAGUUAAUAUCGGGAAAAUUCCUGCGGUGGCCUUUGCAGGACUGAGUAGCCAGAACGCUGGUGUCAUCACAAUCGCAAACACUGUGUUUGGAUCAAAGCCUCCGAUUAAUCCAGAGAUUCUAUCUCAGGCGUUCCAGUUAGAUGCCAAUGUUGUCAAAGACCUUGAGGUCAAGUUUGCUUCCAAGAAAUGAGUCUAAGUCUUUAAGAGUGUUUCUGAACAUUGUAACAGUCAACUAAUAAUGUAAUAGUAAUACUAAGAAAAGCUUACGCUUUGAAUAAAAUAAAAGAUUGUGUUGUUCACCUAAUUUGGUAUUUUAAUACUAAUCCAUUAAUAUAAUUAGGAUACAUUUUUCUUAUUUUAUGCAUCAUCCA